AGGUUAUUCAGAAAGAAAAAGUAAUUCAGUUCGGGUUUUCAGUUAGUUAAUAACGAAAAAAUGUUUUUUGAAAUAGUAAUCGCCGUAAUAAUUGGUGCGUUAGCUUAUAUGAAAUGGAUAAAUACGUAUUGGAAACGCCACGGAGUCUACCAACUCGAACCCGAUUUAUUUUUUGGAAAUAUUCGAAAAACUAUUUUGGGGAAAACGUCGCUAUCGGCCGGCAUACUAGAACAUUACAACGAGUUUAAAGCAGCGAAUAUAAAGAACGGCGGAAUAUACCAUUUUAUGAAUCCAAUGUACAUGCCAAUAGAUCCAGGUACAAUAAAGAACAUCCUGUUAAAAGAUUUCAACCAUUUCGUAAACCGAGGAAGUUUCCACACGAAAGAAGAUCUUCUGAGUAUGAAUUUGUUCAAUAUAGAGGAUGAAACAUGGAGAAACCUUCGAGCUAAAGUUACUCCUACUUUUACCUCAAGCAAAAUGAAGUUGGUAUUUGAGACGUUAGUAGAUAAAACCAAAAACCUGGAGAAAGUGUUCGGCAACUACGCGGAUUCUGCCGAGCCAUGCUCCAUCAAAGAUCUGCUAGGACGCUUCACAACGGACGUUAUUGCAAGCUUCGGAUUUGGCAUCGAAUGCAAUUCUUUAGAAGACUCAGAAAAUAUCUUCAGAAAAGUCGGAAAGAAGGUACUAGAACCCAGCCUCGUCAGGUAUUUCCUCAUGUCCGUUGUUAAUUGGAAAUUACUCGGAUUAUUAAAUUAUAAAAGAGGCGGAAUCAAAGCCUCAAACUUCUUCAUAGGUUUAAUUCGCGACGCCAUCAAACAAAGGGAAUGUCACGGAGUUUACAGAAAAGACUUCGUGCAGCUCAUGCUCGAGCAAAAGAAACCGGGAAACACCAACGAAAAUUCCAAAACUAUUUCAGAAAAAUCGAACGGAGUACCCAAGCCAGCAAUAACGGACGAUGAAAUAACGGCACAAUGCUGUGUAUUCUUCAUCGCAGGUUUUGAAACGUCUUCCACGGUUAUGACUUUCACCCUUUUAGAACUAGCUCAAAACCAAGACAUCCAAAUAAAACUCAGAGAGGAGAUAGAAGCUGUAUUAGAAGCACACGAUGGAAAACUAACGUACGAGGCAGUUUCAGAAAUGAAAUAUUUAGAGAUGAUUAUUAGCGAAGCUCUUAGGAAAUAUCCACCAGUACCAAAUCUUUCCAGGAUCUGUAAUAAACGAUAUGAAGUUCCUGGUACGGAUAUAGUCAUUGAAAAAGGCAUACGCGUUCAAAUUCCAAUUUUCGGUAUUCAAAGAGAUCCAGAAUACUAUCCAAAUCCGGAAGUUUUCAAUCCUGAGAAUUUUUCAGAAGAAAAUAAAGCAAAAAGGCCCGAUUUUACGUUCUUACCUUUUGGAGAUGGGCCAAGAAAGUGUAUAGCUUUAAGAUUUGGCAUGUUGCAAGCAAAAGUUGGAGUGCUGAGCCUCGUCAAAAAUUUCGACUUUAAACUGAAUAAUCGAACAGUGUUGCCACUUGAAGUAGAUAAAACCAGUUCCAUCAUGUCACUGCGGGGAGAUGUUUGGAUGGACGUUAAAAGAAUUUCUUAAGAUUAUUUUUAUUUCUAUUUUAUAUUGAAUUUGUAUUUGUUGGUUAUUGGUUAAUAAUGGAAAUCAGUAAAUUAUAAAUGUUUAAGCAA